AUGACGAUAGCUUUGGAAUUGGGUGAGAAGCAGGAGAAAAGAAUCAAUCACAAGGGCGUCAGCCGCAGGCAGAGACAGCAGGCCGAGCAGGCAGAGAAGCGCACGCAUGUACCUCCAGGGUACCUCCACUCCGUUGGGGAGAAAGAUGAUGUGCCUACUGUUACAGCUCCUGCAAAGCUCAGCCCAUGUCUAACUUCAAGCAAGAACAUCGUCCGUGCCACGAUUCCCAUUGACUUUCAAUGCUUUGUUAGAUUGUCAGUUGGUUGGCAAGGACUGGCUCGUGCUAGUAUAAUGAAAGUCUCAAAACGCGCUACUACUGGGUUAUACAGUGGGAGAUCUGACCCAUGCAUCUGGCCAGCCAGCCAGCCAGUUGCCUACUUAUUCCCCGACAGUCCAAACCUAAGCAGCUUACUAUUUAGCUCUUGCAAGGGACCGGGGCUGUUUAGUUCAAUCAUGACUAUUCGGGACUUAUUGGGGACCGAGAAACAGCAUUGA